CGGGCCUAAAGCUCAUUUACGAUAACUAGUUACAGAGCAUUUCAUUGUUGGGUAUGACUUUGCCUUCCAUUCUGUGAUCCAUUUUCAAUUUUUUUUGCCCGUCGUCUUACUGCCAUGGCCGCGUCUGCACCAAGCUCACGACCUCCAUCGAAACUCUACGAUGCCGUAAUCUCCAUCGUCUCCGCCAAGCACCUGAAGAAUGUCAAUUGGAGAAACGGUGAUCUCAGCCCCUACGUCAGCUUCUGGAUCGACGCUGGUCGCCGUUUCUCGACAAAGUCCGACGAUUCCGGUUCCACCCGUCCGGUAUGGAACGAGCGGUUCGUGGUUCCUCUAACUCUUCCUCCUGAGGAGUCGGUUCUCACUCUCGAAAUCUUACACUCCAAACCGUCCGAGAUAGCUAAGCCUUUGGUCGGAACCCUAAGGAUCCCCCUUAGGGACCUGGCGGACCUCGAUGAUGCCGCAAAGAUAAGAAAUUUUGAGCUUCGUCUUCCAUCCGGUCGUCCUCAGGGCAAGAUCCGACUCAAAUUAGGUAUACGUGAGCGCCCCAACCCGAAUUUCUCAGUCUCACCUCCAGCUUCUAGCUACUAUUUCCCACCAGCUCCUCCGCCGCCACAAUUCUCACCUGAUCCUAGAGGAUAUAAUCUUCCUCCGUAUAGCCCACAUCAUUAUUCGACUCUCCCCUCUCCAGCUCCUCUUCCUAACCCCCAUCCUUAUCCGCACUGCGGAUACACUGAUCCAUACCCUAACUACUACUCCGGUUACUACUCCCACGCACCCUAUCCGCCACGGCCGUUCUCAGACAGGCAAUCCAGCUAUUCUAGGCCGGGGCCAAGUGCGCCAGUGGAUUAUGCACCGCCUUAUGAUCACACUCGUGGCGGAAAGAUCGGAUUAGGAAGUGGGCUGGCAGUUGGAGCGGUGGCUGGAGCAUUAAGUGGGCUGGCACUGGAGGAGCGUUUCAAGUAUGAGGAGGAGAAGAUUGGUGAGAGUGGUUUUGCUGCUAGGGAUAAUUUCAGUGAUUACCAUGGUGAUUAUUAGUAUUGCUCCACACUAAUAUGCCCCCCCUUAUAGUUUCUCAAUUUGCAUGACUAUAGUAUGUAUAUGAAAUAUGAAAACUUGGUGUUUGAACUUGGAUGAUAUAAGGUGAGUCUCUUUUGGAAAUAAUGUGUGUUGCAUAU